CUAGAGUGAGGUAGGUGGGGCGGGGGUAGUCGGGAGCCAGGAGACGAGAGUCUCUCUUCCUCCUCCUACCUCCCAGUCCCACCUUUCUUUCUUUCUUUUUUCUUUCUUUUUGGGUUUCUCUUUCUCCUGGUCCGGUCCGGGAGACCUGCUGGACCAGACGGUGCCGACUCACUGCAGGCGUUCGCUUGACAGCCUUCCUAUUACGAGACGAGCUCUUGGUUUUCCGCAGACACGGACUCUAACAAGCGAGGGCCUGUCAUGGCCUGGCCUGCUGUUAAGUCUCGUCUCCUGCGUGACUGCGUCUCUCUUCUCUCUCUCUCGCUCUUUCUCCCGGAGUAGAUUUUAUUCCUAUUCAUUCCUCGUAUCUGAGGCCGCGGCGGAGCGUGACGACGACGAAGUCGGUCAGGAUGAGCCGCGAGGAUACCCUGAAAGUGCAGACCCUCGAGCUCAAGGUGAACAUCCACUGCGACGGCUGCCUUAAGAAAGUCAAGAAGGUGCUUCACAAGAUCGAUGGGGUGUACCAGAGCACGGUUAAUGCGGCGGAGGGCAAGGUGACGGUGUCCGGGCUCAUGGACCCGGACACCGUCAUCAGGAAGCUGCACAAGGCCGGGAAGCCGGCGCAGCUGUGGGGCGCCACCGCCAAGCCUGCCGUGGCGACCCAGCUCGAGAAACUGCAGCUCAAGGAUGCCGGGGGCAAGGGCCAGGGCCAGCCGCCCAAGAACGCAGGCGGCAAGGGUCAGCCGCCCAAGAACGCCGCCGGCAAGGGCCAGGGCCAGGGCCAGAAGCAGCAGCAGCCCAAGGGUGGAGCGGGCGGCGCCGGCGCCGGCGCGAAAGUGGUGGCGCUGCCGCACUCGCAGCCGACGCCGCAGCAGCUGAUGCAGAUGCAGCAGCAGAUGCAGAUGAACGGGAUGAAGUUUGCUCAUCCGGAGCUCAUGGCCAUGGGCGCAGGUCGCAUGCCGAUGCCGAUGCCGUUCCCGGCGGCAGCGCAGGCGCAGGCGCAGGCCGCCGCGGCCAAGGACCCCAAGACCGUCAAGUUCGACCUCCCGGGGGGCGAGGAGUUCGGGGACGACGGCAGCGACCUCGACGACGAGUUCGACGAACUAGACGACGUGGAUUUCGAGGACGACGGCCUCGACGACGACGACGACGGCGACCUGUACGACGGCCCCGGGAUGGUGAUGAAGCCCAUGGGCAUGCCCCCGGCCGCUGCUGCCGGUGGCGGCAACGGAAACGGCGGCGGCAAGAAGGGUGGCGGCGGGAACGAGGUCCCGGUUCAGAUCAAUGGGAACGCCAGCAACGGCGGCGGGGCGAAGCAGAACGGGGGCGGCAAAAGCGGGGCCAAGAACGGCAAGGGCGGCGGCGGCGGCGGCGGCGUCGUUGCCCCGGGCGGCGGGAACCAGGCUGGGCAGGGCAAGCCGAAAGGCGGCUUCCCCGGCGGCGCCGGUCUCGGCGGGCCGAUGAUGGGCGGCGCGCCGCCGCCGCAUGCGGGCAUGAUGAUGAGGCCGCCGAACAUGAUGGGCGGCGCGGGCGGUUUCCCCGGCAUGGGCCAGAUGGGCGGCCACCCCCACAUGGGUGGCGGCGGCAUGCCGCAGGCAGGCGGGGGCGCCGCGCACGGCAUGCCGGCUGGUGGCAGCAUCAGCAUGGCCGCUGGCGGAAUGCCUGGGGCCGGGUUCUUUCCGCGCGGCGUUGGCGGCGGCAUGCCGGCCGGCGCGGAGAUGCUGGGCAUGUCGCAGCUGCCUCCGCAGCAGCAGCAGCACAUGGCGGCGGUGAUGCAGCAGCAGCAGCAGCACAUGGCUGCGAUCAUGCAGCAGCAGCAGCAACAGAUGAUGAUGAUGAACGGGCACGGCCACGGCCACGGCCACCAUGGCCACGGCGGGUACGGGUACGGGCGCCCGGCGAUGCCGCAGUACCCGCCGCCGCCGGCGUACUACUACCCGAUGCCGCAGCGCCACCCGCACGACAGCAUGUUCAGCGACGAGAACCCCAACGGGUGCUCGGUGAUGUGAGGCGAGGCGCGGCGGCGGCCUGCGGGGGGCUCCGGAGAAAGUGAACCAGGCAACCAGCCAGCCAGCCAACCGGAAGGAGGGAGCUCGGGCCCGUCAGGUCGGAGGCGGCCGCCGUGAGUGGAAGAGUCGUCGUCGGUAUACAUGAAGAAAAAAAAAACUAGCUAUAUGCUAUAGCACCAGCCGUAACCUCGCCGCCCCAUUUCGUUUUCGUCUUUCCCCUAGUUUGUUUUCACCUUUGGUACUUUUUGUUUCCCUUCUCUGAACAAAGAAAGAGCGGCAUGCAGCUUCCUCUUCCUUGAGUGGAAGGUAGGUAUAGUGGUAACAACAAUGAUAGUGGUGAUGCUAGCUGAUGGCUGUCUUCCUUCGCUUCUUUCUUUCUUGCUUGCUUGCUUGCUUGCUUGCUUGCCCCAUAUCUAAUGAAUGGACAAUGUGCAAGAGCAGUGCCUCUC